CAAACAGAAGGCAGCUGGAAGCAGCCUAGUUGGCUUCUGCAUAUAUAAGAGAAAAUUAGUCAAGAAUGGAGCCUUCAGAAAAAUAUCUGUACAAAUAUAAAGGAAUGUAUUUCCACCCUGAGUAUGUUACACCUGAAUUAAUUGAUUCACUGGAGGAGUUUGAAAUCCGAGUCAGUGAUGUAUUCCUAAUUACGUAUCCCAAAUCAGGAACUGUGUGGACACAGAAUAUUUUGAGCUUAAUUUUUCAUGAAGGCCAUCGGGAUGAAACAGAAGACAUUCACGUAAUAGAUCGAGUCCCAUGGCUGGAGUACAAUUUGAACAAAUUGGAUUAUGCCAACCGUCCUUCACCUCGUCUCUUUACCACCCACCUGCCUUACUAUUUAGUUCCAAGAGGUCUGAAGAACAAAAGAGUAAAAGUUAUUUAUGUUGCCAGGAACCCAAAGGAUGUGCUGGUGUCCUAUUUUCAUUUUUCCAAGAUUGUCAUCACCCUUGAGGAAAUCCCAGAUUUCAAUAUUUUCAUGGAGAGGUUUUUAGCUGGGAAAGUGCAUAGUAGCUCAUGGCUGGAUCACGUCAGAGGCUGGUAUGACCACAGGGAUGAGUUCAGUAUCCUCUUCCUGACUUAUGAAGAGAUGAUAAAGGAUCUCAGAGGUGUUGUGUUGAGAAUCUGCGACUUCUUGGGCAAGGAGUUGAGUGAAGAUGACCUGGACACUGUAGUGAAGAAAGCUACAUUUGAAAACAUGAAGGAGGAUCCGAGGGCCAACUAUGAGACCAUGCCAGGUGGUCUCUUGGAGAAGGACAAGGGACAUUUUCUUCGCAAAGGUACUGUUGGAGACUGGAAAAACACAAUGACAGUGGCACAGAACGAGAGGUUUGAAGAGGUCUUUAAGGAGAAAAUGAAAGACCUGCCUUUCAACUACGUCUGGAAUAAUGAAGAAGCAAUCUAAGUGAUUUCCAAUUUGUAAGGAGAAAAAGUGGGCUAAGGAUAAUAAAAAAUAUCUUUGUUUCCAAUAUAAAAUGUUUAAAUUACAAUCUGUGGUUUUGUGCAAAUUGAAGAUAUGGAACCUAUUGACACUUACCACCAUGGUAUCAGAGUUCUAGGAUGUCAAAAGAUGUUAUAUAGAAAUAGAUACAUUAAAAUCUCAACCCAGACACAUAGAAUAACUAAGUAUAA